AGCAAGCAGAAAUCAAAGCAGCAAUGGAACAGUCUAUGAAUAAUUCAUCGUCCAUGAGUAUGCAAUCAAGUAGCCAAUCAGGUAGCGUCUUUGGCGGGUCAUCACAAAGCUUGUUUGGCCAAUCACAGAGCUUUGGUAGCAGUGCUAGUAUUGGAGGUGGAGCAUUUGGAGCUGCCCAGAAUCCUUUUGGAGCUGCAGCUAAUUCUAAUACGCAAAUGCAAUCCACUCAAGCAAGCUCAAUGGGGGCUUCCUCUUCGUCAUCUUUAUCAUCCAAUACUUUAUUUGGAUCAUCUGCAAGUCAAAAUUUGUUUGGCUCGGCUAAUGCAGCAGCACCAAUGUCUAACAAAUCUCUUUUUGGGAGUGUGAAUACUGGGAUACUUGCAAGUCCCUUUGCAACAACUACUAGUACCAGCAAUCAACCAGGGACUGUUCAACAG